GCGGCGGCCAAGGAGGCGGAGUACCGCAAGGACGUGCAGAAGCUGGUGGACCUGCUCUCCAAGCUGAACCCGGCCGCCAAGGAGUUCGUCCCGUCCUCCGCGGCCGCCACGCCCAGGAAGGGGCUGUCGGCGGACGCGCCGGUGUUCUACUACGGCUCGAUCGGAGGCCGGAACGGGGGGAUCGCCGGGUACCCCGGCGCUGACGCCGGGUACAUUGGGUACCAGCAGCGCAUGAGGAGGAAUUUUGUAGAUAAUGAGAGGAGGAAUGUAUACAUCAAUCAUGGAAGGAGGAGGACAAACGAGAGGGCGAGGCGUGCAGACAGGGAAGAGAGCAUCCGGCGAACCGUUUAUGUCUCUGAACUCGACCAUACUGUGACAGAGGAAAGACUUGCUGAAACCUUUGCUAAUUGUGGGCAAGUUGUCGAUUGCAGAAUCUGUGGUGAUCCACAUUCUGUUAUGAGGUUUGCAUUCAUUGAGUUCUCUGGUGAAGAGGGUGCUAGAGCUGCACUUAACCUUGGUGGCACAAUGCUUGGGUUCUACCCCGUUAGAGUCUUGCCUUCAAAGACGGCUAUCUUACCUGUGAAUCCAAAAUUUCUCCCAGCGACGGAGGAUGAGAAGGAAAUGGUCAUACGGACGGUUUAUUGUACAAAUAUAGAUAAGAAGGUUACCCAAUUAGAUGUAAAGAGUUUCUUUGAAGAACUUUGUGGUGAGGUCUCUCGUUUGAGACUUCUAGGCGACAAUGUACAUUCAACAAGGAUUGCUUUUGUUGAGUUUGUCAAUGCUGAGGGUGCUAUCCAGGCUCUGAAUUGCAGUGGGAUGAUUUUGGGCACACUGCCAGUCAGGGUGAGCCCUUCCAAGACCCCGGUGAAGCCCCGUUUAAAUAGGGUGGUGUCAAACUGACUGCUUCGGCUACACACUGGAUUGUUGACGGGAAGGCUGCCUGACCAUCACCUAUAGCUUCCGCGAUCCAGUGAAACCAUUAUGUUUCUGCUUAGAUCCUUGCAACGGAGGAGCGAUUUCUUCCUUUAACCAUCCCUUUUGCGAAACUGUUGGAAAGGGACUGGCUGAACCAGACCCUUGAGAGUCAGCAUCUCGCAGACAAAUCUGUGAUGGAUGGAGCAACCAUUAGAAAAACCUGCCAUUCAGAGUAAUUUCUGUGGCAAAAACAUGUUUCCUUGUUAUCUCAUUGGCUGUUAUUACCAUCAAAACGAAUGAUACUUUAA